AUGUCAGAAUCAGAAUCUCUUCUAGAGGAGUUGAGCAAUUCAAUCACAGAGAAUGCCAGGAUUGUGAGCCAAUACCUGGCAUCUCAGAAUUUACCCCAGCCCUCGUUUCGCAGUGAUGGCCCAACAACUAUUCUGCCGAAGGGCUGUCCUCAAAGCAUUCAAGCACGCGAAAGCGUCAUUGCGAAGUCUUUGGAAAUUCUACAACUUGCUAUCGGUCCCAGUGAGUUUCUACCUCAUCUCACUACAGGUUAUCAAUACAUAUCCUGUCUUCGCUGGCUAUGUCAAUUCGAUAUCUUUCACCUUGUCCCUCUCAACAUUACAAUCAGUUAUGCCGACCUUGCAACAGCGGCCAAGGUGCCAGAGCAAAGACUUAAAAGUAUCAUGCGCAUGGCCAUGACUAGCUUUUUGUUUCUGGAGGAAGAAGCUGGUAAAAGAGUCCGACUGGUCAUUCUGCGAUAUCAGAGUUGUUGGCACGCAAUCAAGACAUCCAUGCCUAUGCUUCUUACCUGUCUUCCAAUUCGGCGCCGCUCGCUCUACAGAUGA